AUGGAGAAGAUGAUUGAUCGUAGUAUUAACGCAACAAUCGUUUUAGCUGCUGGUACUUACGCCAUUUCCAAAUUGCUCACCAUUGAUCAUUGGCAUGGUUGGACACUGUUUGAAAUACUAAGAUAUGCUCCUCAACAUAGCUGGAUUGCUUACGAAGAAGCGUUGAAGCGCAACCCAGUUCUAGCGAAAAUGGUCAUUAGUGGAGUUGUCUAUUCUGUAGGAGAUUGGAUAGCUCAGGUUAGCCUCCUGCCCUCCACGUCGGACUCCGUUAACGGGGAGUUAACGGGGAGAGUUCUGAAGUCGAUACAAGCCUUGGCGGCUCAUAGCUUACUCUUCUGUUUCACGCUUUUGUUGGUUCUUAAGCUUGAUCACACCGUCUCUUGCUCAUGGUGGAUGGUGUUUUUCCCAUUGUGGGCUUUUCAUGCAGUUGUUGCAAGGGGAAGAUUCUCCCUUCCGGCUCCCGUUGCUCCACGUAACCGUCAUUGGGCUCCAUGUCAUGCUGUUGUCGCGACACCGUUGCUUGUAGCAUUCGAAUUGCUACUCUGUAUAUACCUCGAGAGUUCUUACGCUCGAUGGCCACCAGCUGUGAGUUUGAAGAUUGCAUUCCUACCAUUAUUAGCGUUUGAAGUAACGAUACUCAUAGACAAUUUGAGAAUGUGUCGAGCAUUGAUGCCAGGAGACGAUGACAGCAUCAAUGAUGAAGCAAUAUGGGAGGCACUUCCUCACUUCUGGGUUGCGAUUUCUAUGGUAUUCACGUUGGCUGCGACAUUCUUUACCCUCCUAAAGCUUUCUGGCGAUGUAACAGCUCUUGGCUGGUGGGAUUUAAUUGCCGAGUGCUUUGCUUUUCUUGUUUGUACAAAAUGGUCCAACCCAGUAAUCCAUAGAAGCUCACGCGCCCGAGAAACAGGGUCGUCUUCUACCACUAUUAGAUAUCUUGACUGGAACAGUGGCCUUGUGGUUGCUUCAGAAGAGGCUAGUCACCAAGAUAGAAUGUGUGGUUUACAAGAUAUUGGUGGUCAUAUGUUGAAAAUUCCGGUCAUUGCAUUUCAAGUUGUCCUUUGCAUGCAUCUAGAGGGGACUCCUGAAAGAGCCAAGGAUAUACCUAUUCCAGUCCUAUUUUCUCCACUAUUCAUACUGCAAGGCCUCGGUGUUCUCUUUUCAACGUCUAAACUAAUAGAAAAGAUUGUCCUCUUACUGCGUGGGGAAGCUGGACCGGGAUUGUAUUUUAGAUUUUCAUCGAGGGCCCAUGAUUGCUUGGGUUUCCUGCACCAUGGUUCCAGGCUACUAGGUUGGUGGUCUAUUGAUGAAGGAAGCCGGGAGGAACAAGCUAGACUGUACUUUGAUCAAGAAUCUGGUUACAAUACCUUCAGUGGUCAUCCGCCUGAGAUAGUGAAGAAAAUGCCAAAGGAAGAUCUUGCUGAAGAGUAUUACUCAAGUGAUGUUUACUUCCGAUCUAAUUUGAUCCCCCCUAGGUGUGGAGACUUCAAGCAGCUCUUGGUGAACAAACUGAAAUCACAAAAUUCAGCCAGCAGGAAUAUGAAAGACUGCAAAAUGAGAAAGUGCUGUGUAGGGUUUGCUUUGAAAAAGAAAUCAGUUUGGUACUGCUUCCAUGUAGACACCGUGUUCUCUGCAGAAUCUGUUCGGACAAGUGUAAAAAGUGUCCAAUAUGUCGAAUAG